AUGUCACGUCAAGACUGCUCCACUUGCGUACGGCGGAGAAUCCGAUGCGAUCGAUCAUUACCAAAAUGCCAUAAAUGCUCGAAAAAGAGCCUAUUAUGUCCAGGCUACGGCCCGCGUUUGAGAUGGGCCAACGGAAUAGCCGUGCGAGGACAUCUUAAAGGAUGCAAGACGCCAAACAUCGAUAAACCGAGACGCUCGAGCAGUGCUACUACUAGCUCAUCCAAGACGCCAACAUCUCUAACGCGAACCAAAUCCAAUGACAGUAACACCACCCUUGCCCAGCCCGUACUAACUCUCGACUGUCUAGAAAACCUGGUCCCAGAUCUUCCGGACGAGGAUACAAUAUAUCGACUACUUGAACAUUAUGAUAAAAACAUCGCAGGUCUCAUGGUCUGGAUUGACUCUGAGCAGAAUGAAUACCGCCGCUUAGUGCUGCCUUUGGCUCAACGACAACCUGUACUGCUGUUAGCAAUUCUAGCAGUUUCUUCCCAACACUUGGCAGUAACUCAAAAUGAGGAAUCCAACUUCUCAGGGCAUGCUCGCGACGCCGCAGUGUCAAUGAUUUCCGGACAAAUUCGACAAGUGACUGGUCGUUUGGCAGCCGGCCACGAUCUAGGCAGUGAAAUAGAUGCCGAAACUGCGGAGUGGAUGCUUGCCUCAAUGCUGACACUUGCUUCAUAUGAGAUGGCCGAGUCCGAAGCAGGAGGCAACGCGGCAGACUCGCACAGGGCAGCGGCACGUACUCUGGUUAAUGCCCUUGCCACAACGAAUCGCCAGAACAACAGGCUAUUCCAAUUCCUCCGAAACCAACUCUCCAUCUAUGAUAUCCUAGCAUGUACCACAUCCUUCGACCCAACAAGCACACACGAUAUCAUCCUUCCUGAAGUAAACCCUGCCACUAUUAUCUUCUCGGACUUCCUGUAUCUUCUCCACGAUGUUACAGCAACUUCCCGGCAAGAUUCUGGGGCCCAAUCCAGUGGAGGGCGAAUGUCUUCACCCAAAGCAGCACGCUCUUUAUUUGGCCUUGCACGAGGAUCGACAUUGAUGCUAGCUGGAUCACUGGGAUUGCCAAACAAUGAAAGGCGCCGUGAUUUCAUUCGCCUUGUUGAUAUUUACCAUCAUGCUGGCUUGCUUUAUACCUACCGGUUACUCUUCAAGAACGUUGUGACCUCGAUAGAGGUUGAAGCAUCAACAAGAGCAUUGCUUGAACGGUUCGAUCAACUCGAAGAUAUUCAUUCGUGCAUGCAAAAUCUCCCCUGGCCAGCACUUAUUGCCGGCAUUGAAAGUUAUGGCAAUGCUGAUCGUAUGGCAUUCACCGAAAGACUGUACGAGAAAAUUGCGCGAGACAUGGGGUUUAAACAUUAUCUCGAAGUCCUACAUUUCUUGCAGGUGCUCUGGUCCAGAGAGGAUGCUGACUGGGUCAUGCUUGCCAACCAGUAUCGUCUGCAGGGGCGGGGAAUAGUUGCCGUUUAA